AUGCUUCUCCGUACUGUUCUGGUUUUGGGCUUCCUCGCCACACUGGCGACAGCCCGUGAUUCCUGCUCAUCGGAGAGCUGCACUGGCAACGAGUUGCUUGGCAAGCCCUAUUCCCGCCGCCGCGCUUGUGUUGAAGAGCAGCUGGAGGACUUUGUUAUGGACGCCAUUCCCGUUACAGAGACCUUUGAUGACUAUGGCAUGAGCAAGACCUGCGACAUUGCUCAGAUCCCUAUGCGCAACAAACCCCUGAUCAUGGAGUCGAAUGACAAAAUCAUUGUGGCUGGUGCUGACGCCACCCUGAUCCUGGAUGCCAAUGAGCCCGGCUACUAUUCGUUCCGUCGUGACGGCUCUGCUGGCAUGUCUUCUGACUCGCUUGUUAGCAUUCUGCCUUAUAUGGUGUUGGACGAUUCUUGCUGCUCUGAGUGGAAAUUUGUGCCUGACACCAACAACACCGACUUCAUCACGCUUGUUUGGGCCCGCAUGUGCGACUAUCAGGAUGUGGAUGUGCCCAUCUUAACACAGGUUUCGAUUCACUUCUUGGGUCAACUCUUUGUCGUUGAAGUGUCUGCUCCUUUCAUGUCCACUUAUGCUACUCUCUUCCACCCUGAGGAACCUGAGGCUGCCACCUACUCUCCUGUGCCCCGUGCGUACGAGUACACACCUCCUAAUAUCUCUGCCACUUUCUACAGCGCAAAUGAUACAGAUAGCUAUGCCCCUGUUCCUCCACAUUCUUUCGUGGUCGGCUGGGAGCAUGGCUAUGGCACCAAUGCCCAUGUGGCCAUCAUCGGCAGCCCUUACCAAGCCAACAUGGACUCUGUUGUCACCUAUGUCCAGCCUCAGGAUGAGCGCCGCGGAUUUGCCGGCCCUCCUCCAGGUUCCAUUGUCGCGUUCACGGGUGGCGCAAAAGAGCUGUCUUACAUCGUGUGGCCUUUCCAUGGCCCGGCAGCCGCCUUCCAGCGUACGCUCGACUUUGCCGACAAGAGCUAUUUUGACAGCCUGAAGGACAGCUGCCCCAUCCUUUACAACCUUCUCAAGGACAACUGGAUUGUUGAGCACGAACAGUGCAACCUUGCUUAA